CUUCGCUUUUUCGUUCCGCUGCUGUCAUCCAAAUAACGGCGACGCGCCAGUGGAAAAAUAAGGCAGUUUUACUUUUAUAUACAUGUUGAGAAACGCUGUAUUUCAAAACACUCUAAAAGAGUGUCAUUUUCUCAAUAUCUGACCGCUUAACCGAGAGCGGUAGCUGACAAGCUAACAGAUCCGACAAUGAUGGCAUUAAAGAGCUUGAAAACAGAAGAGUACGUUCAGCAGUUAUCUUGUGUCAAGGACAUUACAGUCCUCCACAACGAACUAAAGAAACAUGUGGAUGGUGGCUUGGGUCCUUAUGGUCGCACAAUGUGUGAUCGUAUCAUCAGAGCCUGCAACCAGCGGCUGGGCAGCGGCUCCGUGGAUGCUGACCUUCAAGAGCGGAUAGUGGAGCUGGUGGAACUGGCUGUCCAAGGGUUUCAACUGCUUGAAGAGUCCGGCAUGCAGAGCAACCCCUUUUAUCUGGAGAAAAUAGUCUUUCACAUCCUACAGAAAGUCGCAAGUCUUGGAGCUCAUGGUCCAGCUUGUCGACUGGGUCAGCUCGUGUAUAGAAGACUGAAAUGUUUGUCUGCAGAGAUUGAUGACUUUAAUGUCCUGGUGCGCAAUUGCUUCGCAGUCUUGUGGAACAGUCUCCUCUCUAACAAAUCAAGUGCUUCCACCCUCCCUCCACGAGACAGACUCCACUGUCAGCUGCAAGCUUUAACAUUCAGACUCCUUGAACAGGGGUCCAGCUCAUCAUCUUCCCCAUCCAAAGUUCCUCUGUUUGUCGAGGAAGCAGUAGUGGAGUACGAACGAUCAUGUGGAGGUUUUACUCAAGACGAUGUACGUUUUCUGACCUCUGAAUUGCGUGAGUUAUUCUCUGGUGCUUUAUUCAACCCUCAGGACUCCGGAUCUUCUACUUCACUGCUGGCCGUGUGGUGCGAGGUGGCGUUUAAAGUGUCUAAACUGCUCUGCAAAAGUCGCUUUUCAACUGAGGCUGUUGAACUCUUGCGAGGCACUCUAAAGGAGGUUGAUGGUCACGUUGGCCUGCGUUCCGCUCUGGGUCUGGCAGAUCGUGCAGUGCAGAUGCAGUGUGUGUUAAGUUCUGGAGGUGAAUGCAGUAAAAGCUUCACUGAAUGUGCCCGUGCUCUCCGGAUGUUGCCUCGUGGCAUUUCAAGCUUAGAGUCUCAUGCCCUGUUAGAGGCUUGUCAGCUGGUGGUUUGGACGUUAGAAGCUAGUCAGUGUAAAGGAAUGGAUGUGACCACUUUGUUGGCUUGUUUUUCCUUUUUGGAAGAAUAUCAGGAAUUUCUGCUAACACAGCAAAAGAACUCCUAUUCGCUGCAGGUGCAAUACUCCCUUUGUUUCAGUUUUUACCAGGGCUUCAUCUGCACGUAUGAUAGUCUUCAUGGAUCUCAGGUGUCUGUGGGUGAUACUUUGGACAGAGUGCUUUUGUUCUGCCGGUCGACCGCAGGACGUAUGCUUGCUGAACUGCGGACGCUCAGUAAUGACAACUUGCUGCUUAAAGCAGUGUGUGCAGUGAAUAAUGUGGUGUACGAGCUGUUUAACAGGAAGCUGUAUGAAGGAGCCUUUGGAUUGUCUAUGAUUGUGUGUCAGGUGCUCUGUAAGGACUGCCCACCCUCUCUUCCUGUGGAUCGGGUCAACCGCUGUUUCAUGCUGACAGUGCAGUGUAGUCGCCGAGCAGGCCAUCUGGAGCAGGCUCUAGACUGGAUUGUUCGCUGGAUUCAGGCUUUGGGCUCACAGAUUCUGGAUCAUCUCGCCGAACCAGUGUCGAUGUGGGUCAAAACCAAGUGUGAUGCCGCUAGAGCAGGAGAGGAUGACACACGCCUGAGGACUCUGAGGGACGGGUUAGGAGAAACAUUAGUGGAUGAGGAGGUUAUGAUGUGUUUGUUGGAGGAGGAGUUGCGUGUAUAUAAAGAGCAGACUGGAGAUACAGCGCAGGAACGCUACAACACACUCUGUGACCUCUUGGAAAUCUGCCAUGAAGAAACCCCACACACUCUGAGAAGAGCCACUUAUCUGUGUGAGAUGGCACAGGUUGUGUGCUAUCAGGACUUCAGCCAGCAGACUGACUGCUCAGCAGUUGAUUUUACCCAUGAGGCUUUGCGGUUGCUGGAAGCAGAACCAGAGAUGGCAGAGAAUGCUGAUAGGCUGAAGGAUGAGAAAGCCCACGCCUCCCUGUGGCUCUACAUCUGCACUCUUGAGUCCAACCUGCAGGAGGCUGUGGACACAGAGAAGCGUUUGUGUGCAGUGCAGGAGGAGAAUAAAAGAGAUGUGAAUAUGGAUCCUGUUCCCACAAAUGAUCUGGAGUACGAGGACAAACAGAAAUCACAGGAGAGCCAGUUAGUCUACGAUGGACUACGCUUCAACCUGCUGGCUCACAGCAAGCAAAGUGAGCCUCUGGAUAGAUGUUUGUCUCUAUGGCGGAGUCUCCUCAGAGGGUCUGUGCCUGCAGUUAGAGACCCUAAACUUACAGCUUCUUCAAUGACGUUGAUGGCUACCCUCUACACACUUAUGGGCAAGCACCUGCAAGCUCUGGAGGGAUAUCAGCUUGCUGCCGCCCUUUUCAAUGUACUUGGCGAUGGCCAGAAUAGUGCCAAUGCCUUCUGCCACUCUACCAGGAUCUUGCUUUACCUGGGUUCACCGCAGCUUGCACAGGUGGAGUUAGAAAAAGCAGAAAAGAGCUUGUCAUCUGUCUCCAUCUCUGAGGGGACGUCUAUCAUAUCCAUGAUGGCUAUGUUGCAAAAAGCACAGCUACACUAUGCUCUGGGACAGGUGGAGAGUGGCGUGUCCUGCCUGAUGGAGGUGAUAAAGGAAUCUGCUCAGCAUCAUUCUAAGAGCUGGUACCUGCUCAGGGCUCGAGCACUGCAGACAGCCAGUGAAUACUUGAGUCUGGACACACAGGCUUUGGACUCACAGCUACGCCAGAGCAUCGUGCAGCAGGGUCUAAAGACUCCAGACACGGCUCAAUAUGAAGGGUUGAAGCUGUUGUGUAGCCUGGUGAUGAUGUUAUUGGGCAACGGGUUUUAUGGAGCCCCUGGACCAAACACUGACACUCGCUUUGUGGAUAAAGGAGACAGUGUUGUAUUUAAGUGGCUGUUGCUGAGUGAAGUGCUGGUGUGCUCAGAGAAGAUGGUGAUCACCAGGAGCAGCAGCGGAGCUGUUCAUGAAGCUAAAGCUCAGUGUCUAGAGGCUCUCAAACUGGCCACCAAACUGCAGACACUCAGCCACUGUGCUGAGCUGUUGGUUCUGAAAGCAGAGUUGGAGCUGAUGAAGGGUGCUACUGAAGCUAGUAGUUUAGACCUGGAGCAAGUUAGACAAUUACUUGAUCUCUGCACAGAUUUUGGCCUAGGGCGACGACAGAAAUCUGAAGUGAAAAUAAAACCACGCAAAGGCCGUCCUGCUGCCCCUUCUUCCUCUGGUCACAUCUCUGAGGAAGAGGAUGAUCUGAGUGGGAUCCUUAGCUCUCGUGCCCUUCUGAAGGAGCCUGUGGAGACCAUGGCUAGAUUAGGAAGCCAAGGAGCAUCUCCACCUCUGAAGCCCAAACGCCAGCAUGGCCUUUCCUGCCUGACCCAUGAAGAGACCUGCUCCUGUCCCUGCUGCACUGAGCUCAGCGUGGCUCGAGUCAGCAUCCACUGGGCACUUUUACAGGCAGAUCUCCAGACAGAUCCCGAAUGCUCUCUCAGACUACGCCAAUCUGCCAGAAAACGCUGCCGCAGUGUUGUAACUAAACUUCAGAGAAGUUUGGCAGCACUUGCACACUCCAAAAAAUCACCUAGUGUCUGCUUGUCACUGCUUCAGGCUGAACAUGGUAAAAUGCAUCUGGGUGCUGUGCUUCAGCUGCUCAGAACUGGAGACAAAGGGAAAGCUGCCAUCUUGUGGGAGGAGAUAGAAGCAGGAUUAGAGGCAGUGACGCCUAAAGGAGCACUGACACCAGAACUUGGGCCCAUCAGAGCUGCUCUACUGGGGGCUAAAGCUGUGGCCUGCUGCUUGGCGUUGGCCAUGAAGAAACAGUGUAUACCUGAAGAGCUGUUUUCUUCAACGUGGCACUGGAAUCCACCAAAAGUUAAACCGCAAUUAAAAUCUAAGCAUCGAUCCAAGAGUCCCGACCCAGCUCCUCUAGAGGCAGGUGUUAAACAUAACGCUAAAGUUAAGAGUGGACUUGAGGAGAAUGAAAGCAGAAAAACCAAAGAAUCUGCUGUCGUUUCGAAGAAAACUAAAGACUCUGUGCCCAAAAUUACCAUCACAAAAUCCUCCAUAGUUUUUAAAACACCCAAAGCAACGAGAACAAUCCGGCCCAAAUCUGUCUCCACUAGCACUGGCAUCGGUGACCUGAGAGCAUUUGACUUUAAUACAGAGGUGCCUGACAUUUCAGUCAACUUCACACCAUCAUUACACCGAUCUACAAACCGAAAUGCCACUGCAAAGUCAAAAGUCUCCUCAAAGGGCUCGUUCCAGGUUUAUAAAGAUUCUUCUCCUGCUGCAGAGAAAGCUGUAGUUGUCCCGGCUGCUCCUAAACGAACAAAGCGUUCUCGCUUCAAGGUUGAGUUCAGCGAUGAAAGCGACACGGAAGCUGCGCCUCCUGCUGUAAUGGAGAAGUCAGAGAAAAAGAAAAACGCCUCUAAAACAUCUCGCACUCUGAAACCAACCUUGAACCCUAUCUCUAGUGACACCAAAGUUGUGAGCUCCACAGUAGAUCCAGAACCCUCCAGACGAACACGGACCACUAAGAAAAGCACAGCUCUUCCCUCUACCGGUGGCCUCUCUUCUGAGGAAGAACCUGGAGUAUCUUCACAGACACGUACGCGUAGAGGACGACCAAAGAAGAGCACCAGUUCAGCAGACGCAGAGGAGCCAGAGAGGAUGAGGAUGAUUAAGGAGGAAGAAAAAGAGGUUCUUUUGGAUGUCAGCAUGGAGGAGCUCAGAGGCUCUGACACGGAGACAAAUGACACUGGAAGUCCAGAUGCUGACUGUGAGGUCUUGAGGAGAGAUCUGGGUGCAGAUUUUGGCGGAGAGUGUUUCAGUGAGCUCAGGAGAGCUGGACAGAAUGGAUCAGGAUCUCACACACCUCUGCCACAUGCAACUACAUCUCUUGCUGACUUGUCAGUAGAGGCGGUCCAGUCAUACCUGCGCUCCUCAUGGCUCCUCCUGCACCACUUCCCGUCUCCCUCUCUUUAUCCUCAUAUCUGCUCAUUGCUCGCUCAGUCAUUUGGUCAGACUGAUCCCAUCAUCACAGCAAUGCUGCAUGCACAGGCACUGGGAGUGUCCACUCGCCACCAUAUGACCCGUCAUGUGGUUAACCAGUUCAGGAAGCUGAAGAAAUCUUGUAAUGAUGUAGCAGAAGGUCUUGGAGCUCUGAGUCUGGAGGAAACAUCUGGGAUGACGCAGUCGAAGAAACUUUCUGCGUUAGAGCAGAUCUUUUCAUUCACAGCAUCAAACCCAUCACAAUUUCCACAGACACACUGUCAGCAGUUCACACAGCAGCUGGAAGAUCUACCUGCAGGAGUGACCGUAUGCUUGCUGUCGCUGACGGGGGUGCAUCCAGAUGAAAUUGGCAACACUAUUCUUCUGACCCGACUGGAGUGCGGCUCUACCCCAAUCACAGUUCGAAUCCCCACUGCAGACAGAGAGCGAUCUGUUGCUGGCCUGUUGGAAGAAAUGGAUGGAGUCUUGAAAGGACAAAAGGAAGUGAGCACAGUGGCUGAGAAAUCACAGUGGUGGGACGGAAGGAAGGCUUUAGAUGCCCGUGUGGAGAAAAUGCUGGAGGAGAUGGAAGAGACUUUAGGAGUGUGGCGAACUCUUCUUCUGCCUUUGACCUCUGAUCCUGAGCUUGACGUUCAGGCAAAGAGCCUCCAAAAAGCUCUUAAAUCAACAAAGAUCACACAGGACAUUCUCAAGGUGAUUCUUUCAGCAUCUCCACUGCUGUCGCUGCCAGACCUGCAGUAUCUUCUGGAAGGAAUGAAUGUGAAUGACAAAGACCUGCUGAAGCUCCUGCAGAGGGGCGUGGCUGAACUGAGAGGAAGGGAGGAGCCACAGGGACACACUGUUCUGAUUUUAGACAAGUACUUGCAGAGGUUGCCGUGGGAGAACAUUGCUUGUCUGAAGUCUCAGUCUGUCACUCGUAUGCCCUCAUUACACGCAGUGCUUGGACACAGUCAUCUGAGAGAGGUGGAUUCAAGUUGUGUUCAGUCUUGUGGUGUGAACCCUAAGCAAGUUUAUUAUGUGCUAAACCCAGAUGGAAACCUGCCCGACACUGAGAAUCGCUUCAAAGAGUGGUUUACAGGUGAACGAACAUGGCAGGGGGUUUGUGGAAGGGCUCCUGAUCCAGAGAAACUACAAGAGGCCGUGACCACCAAAGACCUCUACAUAUAUAUCGGACAUGGCGCUGGAGCCCGCUUUCUGGAUGCACAGAGGGUUUUGAAAGUGCCUGUGAGGGCCGCGGCUCUUCUGUUCGGCUGCAGUAGUGCUGCUCUCAGUGUGCUUGGUCAGCAGGAGGGAACAGGCAUCAUCCUCAGCUACCUGACCGCUGGAUGUCCAUUAGUGCUGGGUAACCUGUGGGAUGUGACUGAUCGUGACUUGGAUCGAUUCACGUCGGCUCUACUCCAGUCUUGGCUCUCUGCCGAUUCUGGCUCUUCCCUUCUUCAGCAUUUGGCAAAAUCACGCAGCGCAACUCAUUUAAAACAUAUAAUCGGUGCUGCACCCAUUGCGUAUGGUUUACCGGUGUAUAUACGCUAGUGCAGAUUUUAAAUGCAGGUUUUAUUAUUUACUGGUGAUAUAGUGAAUUUUUAACGUAUAAAUGAUGCUAUAGGUAAUUUAAGGUGAGAUUUAACCUCAGGGUUUGUUCACUGCACCGAGAAUAAGCUCUGUUUUUAUUGAAAUUAAUCUUAAAAUCUAUGACUAGGCUUAACUUUGACUUCAAGUUUAAAGUGUUUUGCCAUAUUUAAGUCCUUUAGCAUUAAUUCUGCUGUUAUUGUGUGUUUGCAGUUGUAGAUUUCGAUUGCUCAAACCUCAAGAUGUUUUUCUUUUUUGUCUCAACACCUUUGGUUUUGAUGAUUUUUGUGUAAUUUUUGUUUUACAUUUUUAUUUUCUGUUAAGUUAUAUCAAAUGUCAAUCUGCAUUAAAAUAAAAUGAUUAUAGCAUUUGUUGACGUUGGUAGGGAUUUUAACUUUAUUGUUUACUCUUGUGCACUGUUCACAUUUACUACCCUUUUGUUAUGUUGGGGAUGAAAACAUCCACUGAAUUAAACUGCUGUAAAAAUGCA